CACGUCGGUCACGUGACCCGGGUAAAAGGGGAGUCUCUGUUGUAUGUGUUUACAUCAACGCGUUCACGCGCAGCUGCUGUGUCCAUGCUAACGCUAGCCGCUUCUGUAUAUAUGUUUCGUUUUCGCGUAAACUUCGACGCACAGCGACGUUAAACAACAAGAGAAAGCUGUUGUGAUUAGCGAAGAAGGAAGUGCGACAGACGAACGCAGUAGUGUGUGUGUGUGUUUAAUCGGCGUCAUGGAGGAGCUAGCGGUGGAAGUGCGGGGCGCGAGCGGGGCUUUCUACAAGGCAUUCGUGAAGGACGUUCAUGAGAACACGGUCACUGUGACGUUUGAAAACAAUUGGCAGCCGGAGCGACAGAUCCCUUUUCAUGAUGUGCGGUUCCCUCCUCCUGCUGGGGUUCAGAAAGAGAUCACUGAGAGUGAUGAGGUUGAGGUGUACUCCAGGGCUAAUGACAAGGAGCCGUGUGGGUGGUGGCAAGCUAAAGUGCGCAUGGUGAAAGGAGAGUUUUAUGUCAUCGAAUACGCAGCCUGCGAUGCCACACUCAACGAAAUCGUCACGUUAGAGAGGCUGCGGCCCGUGAACCCGAACAAAGCCACCACAAAGAACCCGUUCUUGAAAAUCAGACUGGACGUUCCAGAAGACCUGCGACAGAUCUGCGCAAAAGACUCGGCUCACAAAGAUUUCAAAAAAGCCGUGGGAGCUUUCAACGUCACGUAUGACUCGGAGAAGAAGCAGCUGGUCAUUCUGUCAGUCAACGAGGUGACGACUAAACGGGCGACCAUGUUGACGGACAUGCACUUCAGGAGCCUGCGCACCAAAAUGGCCCUCAUGCAAAGGAACGAGGAGGCCAGCAGGCAGCUGGAGGUACGGCCGCUAGUACGCAGAUAUCCUCCUGCGUUCCACUCGCUUAGCUCUCGUCAGUUAGCGUCAAGGUUUCACGAGCAGUUUGUGGUGCGUGACGAUCUGAUGGGUUUGGCCAUCGGCACACACGGAGCCAACAUCCAACAGGCCCGCAAAGUUCCCGGAGUCACCAACAUCGACUUGGACGAGGAGACGUGCACCUUUCACAUCUACGGCGAGGACCAGGAUGCUGUGCGCAAAGCCAGGAGCUACCUGGAGUUUUCCGAAGAUGUUAUCAGGGUACCCAGGAAUUUAGUAGGAAAAGUCAUUGGGAAGAGCGGGAAGCUGAUUCAGGAGGUCGUGGAUAAAUCCGGAGUCGUCCGAGUGAGAGUGGAACCAGAAAACGAGAAGAAAUCCUCUCCACUGGAGGAGGGCAUGGUGCCGUUUGUGUUUGUCGGGACAAAAGAAAGCAUCUCAAACGCACGCCUACUGCUCGACUACCACCUCAACUAUCUCAAAGAGGUGGAUCAGUUGCGGAUGGAGAGGCUGCAGAUCGAUGAGCAGCUACGACAGAUCGGCGGAGGCCCCAGGGCUCCAUCAGGCCGACCGGAGAAGGAAAAACCCUUCAGCUCUGAUAACGGCAUGGGACAUUCCCGAGGGGGCAAGCCAUUCGGCCGUGGGGGCCGAGGAAGACGAGGGCCUACGUUUGCGUCAGGCACCAAUUCUGAAGCGUCCAAUGCAUCUGAGACUGAAUCAGACCACAGAGACGAGUUGAGUGACUGGUCUCUGGCUCCCACCGAUGAAGAGUCUAUGGGUUACCCCAGACGAGUCCCAGAUGGACGAAAGAGGGGUGGCGGCCGGGGACGAGGUGGACGAGGAAGAGGAGGAGGAGGCUACAAAGGUGAGGACGUACACUGGAGUGAGUCACGCCCCCGGAACUCCAGAGACUCCAAGCCGAGGCUGCAGGAGGAUUCACUACAGAUAGCCUCAGAAUGUCCCAUUGGAGCCUCAAUUUUUCAAAGGCUUCGCACGGCGGAGGGGGGGGACGGACAACCGGCACCAUCCCCCCCGUCACUUCGUUCCCUCGCUAUGAUUCGCGUCGACAGCAAUAACGAGAGGAGCGUCCACUCCAGCCGAGGCCCUCAGGGGCCCAGUGGCGAUUCCACCGGGCCCCGACAGAGGAGCGUCAAGGAGCGAGGGUUAAAGAAAGAGAAGCAAGAAGGGCAAGACAGCCAGGUCGUCAUGAACGGCGUGUCGUAAUUGAAAAUCCCCUGUGUCUAAUCUCCCAAACAGCUCCACCGUUCCAGAAGCUUCUUUCAUUAGAGACACAUUAGGCCAAAGAGAACCAGGUCAGUAGGGCUUAAGAGGAGAAAAAGAGAGAAAGGAAAAAAUAAAUAAAUAAAUACCCAGACGUGACAUCAAGCACAUUUUGUAACUGUUAACGGGGGUACUAGACAAAAACGUCUCUGCUGUCUCUGAAUUUUGUAGUCUGCAUUGAUUAGAGGUGUAGAGGUGUCAGUCUCUAAAAUCGAAAGUUUUGUAAUCAACUUUCUAGGCAACUAACAAAGCUGUGGGUGUAUUAAAAAAAAAAAAAGUGUGUUUUAUUUUUAUUUUUUUUCCCCUCCCCUUGCACGUCAGGGGGGACGUCAGAUUUGAUUCAAAUGUGUGCCAUUUCUUGUGGCAAGGUUUUUUUUUUGUUUUUUGUUUCCCCCCUACUCUUUUGGUGUCUGAUUGUUAUUGAGCCCAUCAUGAUGUGAGGUUCCAGCCACACUGCUUAAAAAAAAAAACAAAAAAAACACAAGUAGACAUAAACUAGAUGAUCUGUGCCUUUAACUAGUGGGAUAGUUUCUGAAUUUGGAUCUCUAAAUCAGGGAAGAUGACAUGGAUUCUGCAUAAUCUCAGCCAGUCAGUGAAAAUAAACCAUGGUGCAUCAUGUACAGUACUUCACCUGUGACAUUUUUGGUACAUCUAAAGGGCAACUCAUAAUCGUUGGGGUUUUUUUUUUGUUUGUUUGUUUGUUUGUUUUGACUGUGUAAAGGUGAGCUCGUCCUGACAGCCUGACACUUGAGGCGAUUUAUAUUGAUGUACUUAAUUUGUGAGGUAUUUGAUGAAUUAAGUGAGGCAUAAGUUAGCUUUUUAGCUGCCGUAGUCAUCUUGUUUUUCAAAUAGUUUUGUUCUUUUUUUAAUUUAAAAAAAAAAAAAAAUUUUUUUUUUUUUUUUUUUUUGCUUCCUAGUAUGUACCCUCCAAACUUUUAAAGCGAUGCUUACAGGGAGAAGGUGAAAUUUCAUCAUAAGCCACGUCCUGUUGCCCCCCCCUUGUGUUUACUCCACUUUCAUGUUCAGGUGUAAAAAGCACUGAUAUCAGAUAUUGCUGUAAAAGCUUCAUUAUCGGUAACGGCGUACGUAUUGUACAUGACGUGCUCGCUGUUAUUUUGAAGUUACGAUUGAACUUUUCAAGCGUGCACUUACUUACGUUUCGUGUUCCUCGGCAACUACUUCUUCGUUUUAAAGAUGUACGCUUGUAACAAGACGGGCGAAUCGUGUACACCCUCAUCGUAACGAUCAUAAACUUUUUUUUUUUUUCCCUCAUUUUGACUCUGCUGUAUUUUUCGCUUCAGGAGGGAAGAUGAAGGAGAUGCGACAUUGAGUUUGAUAUAAAGCUGUGCUACCUGAUCCGUGCUUGUGCAUUUCCUUUUUAGUUUACAGUUUAGAGGUUUAGACGAGUGUUCUACACCCGGAUGUUUUCUUUCUUUCUUUCUUUCUGAUAAGGUUUGUUUCAUUUAAUUUAAUUUUAAUUUUUUUUUUUUUUGGGAAACCUACUGUGACGCUAACCCUAGUAGUCCUUUUCUCCGCUCUGUACAGCUGUAACAGUAACAGUUCAUUUUCUACUUGCUAUCUCCUGCUAGAACUAUCUUUACCAGUAAUGAUGAGUCAGACCUAAUUGUUGCAGCUUGAACCACAAUCUCUUAACUUUAUUUGCCUGAAUCGACAUCCUGCGACAAAUAAGACUGAAUGAAAGCAGUGAACAUCAGCCUAUACAGUUAUACAUAAUAAUUGAGCUGUUAAUACCAAUUGUCUGGCUCAAAUGGGCAAGAUGUACUGUAGAGAGACUGGAAUCUGGGUAAUAAAACUAUAGCUCUCAGCCUAGAUAUCCAGUACGGUCUGCUGUUUUUCCCCUUAAUUAACACACCUACUGUGAACCUCCUCAUAAAUACUGUAUAAAUGCACUGCACUAUUAUAUGACUAGAUACAAGUGCUCACCAUCAGAAAUGAAGUUACCAAACUGUUGUUCUCCUUCACGCUGUGGUGGUAACAUCAAAGCUACAUAACCUUUUGUACCUUUUUAGUGUGUGGGUUUUUUUUUUUAAAUAAUUCACCUUUCCAGGUGAAAGAAUAUAUAUUAUACAUACAGGACCCUUUUUUUUUUUUUUAAUUCCCAAUGGAAUAAAAUCCUGUGUUCUAUUCCCUUCUAGCGGGUUUCAUUCAUUUGGUUUGCUAGCAUGCGAUAUUGUUCGCAUAUCUCUUAUCACUACCCAGUGGAGAACGAGCGUUGAAUAUGGCUUACGAUAUCGCAUGACUGUCAAGACAUGACGUAAAACUUCGGUGCCAGCAGGAGACUGAGACAAUUUGUAAACAAAUAUGGCCGCCGGGUUUGCUUCGUUAAAUAUGGAAGAUUUUGAGAGAAUUUUGGAACAAAGACGCGUCGAACACCCGAAAGGAAUGUGUAUGGAUGAUAAUAUUGGCUGGGUUUAAAAAAAAUUUUUUUGUUCGUGGUAUAUCCGAUAUAUUCCAUUGAGCUACUCGUCUUCGACUCGUUCAAUAUCAUGCUAGCCGAAUGGAAUAUAUCUGAUCUACCAUGAAAAGCAAGGUCAGCCAAUAUUAUGUAAUGUAUGCCUUUCAGAUAAUUACAUUCCUGGAUCUACGAUCAACCUUUUACUCUUGACUCACCACGUGGCCCCUCCCAGGUAAAACAUGACGUACUUUACAUACCACAGUACAAAAGGUGUUACCUUAAAGGUACCGCCACCUCAGCGAUAAGGAAAUGAACCUUUAUUUCUGCAUGAUGUAUUGUAGUUUAAUCAUGUAAGAGCUUUGUAGUUUGACUAAAAUAUGCCAGACAAACCUGUAGACUGGCAAAAUGUUAUUUUAGCACACC